GCUGCAUUAGCUGCCCUGCUGGAACUGAGCCUGCACAGGGGUUGGAAUAUAAAUGGUGGAACACGCUGCCAGCUAAUAUGGAGACAACUGUCCUCAGCGGCAUCAACUUUGAGUAUAAAGGGAUGGCAGGGUGGGAGGUGGCCAGCGACUAUAUCUACACAGCAGCAGGAGCCUCUGAUAAUGACUUCAUGAUCCUGACGCUGAUCAUUCCAGGAUUCAGCCCCCCGCAGUCAGUGAUGGAGGAUGCUGAAAACAAAGAGGUGGCAAGAAUUACCUUUGUCUUUGAGACUGUCUGCACUGUAAGCUGCGAGCUGUACUUCAUGGUGGGUGUGAAUUCGAAGACCAACACACCAGUAGAGACCUGGACCGGCUCCAAGGGGAAACAAUCCUACACGUACAUCGUUGAAAAUAACGCCACUAUGAGCUUCACUUGGGCCUUCCAACGGACGCCGUAUCAUGAGGCAGGGAGGAAGUACACAAAUGACAUCGCCAAGCUCUACUCAAUCAACGUGACCAACGUUAUGGAUGGUGUGGCCUCCUACUGCCGGCGUUGUGCCCUGGAGGCCUCAGGGGCUUCCUGCACCUCCUGCCCACCUGGGAACUACAUUGACCGAACGUCUGGUGCCUGCCACCCCUGUGCACCAAACACUUACCUGAAAGCUCACCAGCCCUACGGCCAUCAGGCCUGCAUCCCCUGUGGCCCAGGCACAGUUAGCAAUAAGAUACACUCUCUGUGCUAUAAUGACUGUCACUUCUCAGUGAACAAGGAUGGCAGGACUCUGGAGUAUGACUUCUCAACCCUAGCUAACAGCACAUCCUUCACUAGUGGGCCAAGCUUCACUUCUAAGGGACUGAAAUAUUUCCAUCACUUCAACAUCAGCCUUUGUGGGAACCAUGGAAGGAAGAUGGCUUUCUGCACAGACAACGUCACCGACAUCCGGGUCCCAGAUGGGGAGGUCGAGUUUUCUAAAUCUGUCACCUCCUACGCCUGCCAGUCCAUCGUUGUGCCCUCUGACGUCAUGGGCUAUAAAACAGUAGUGUCCUCCCAGCCUGUGAGCCUGGCUGACCGCUUUGUUGGAGUGACAACUGAGACGACCCUGGACCGCAUCACCUCCCCUCCUGACUACUUCCCUACUGAGAAUGUCGUGGUGCCUGAAGUGAUAUUCUUCUACAGAUCUAAUGAUGUGACUCAGUCAUGUAAUUCUGGAAGGGCCACUGCCAUCCGCAUGCGCUGCAACCCUCUGAAGACCGGCUCGGGAACACUCUCCAUGCCAAGGAAGUGCUCUGAUGGAACCUGUGAUGGGUGUACCUUCCAUUUUCUGUGGGAGACUGCUGAAGCCUGCCCACUCUGCUCAGCUUACGAUUACCGUGCCAUUGUUAGUGCCUGUGUUGGUGGGAUUCAGAGAACCACGUAUGUGUGGCGGGAGCCAAAGCUUUGCACAGGAGGCAGUCUCCUCCCAGAACAGACAGUCAGCAUCUGCAAAACCAUGGAUUUCUGGCUCAAAGUUGGCAUCUCAGCCGGUACCUGUGCUGCUGUGCUGCUGACCGUCAUGACCUGUUACUUCUGGAAGAAAAACCAAAAGUUGGAGUAUAAAUACUCUAAGCUUGUGAUGAACGCUACCACAAAGGACAGCGAGUUGCCAGCUCCUGACAGUUGUGCCAUUAUGGAGGGAGAAGAUGCAGAAGAUGAUCUAAUAUUCACAAGCAAGAAGUCUCUCUUUGGCAAGAUAAAGUCCUUCACUACCAAGGUUAUGCAGAGCUACAGUCGGGCUUUGCAAGACUUUGGCUAUAGGGCUGCUCUCAAUAAAAUAAGAAGAGGUGGGAGCUUUCAGAGGACAUCAGAUGGGUUUGAUUCCGUUCCGCUCAAGACUUCGUCAGGCAGCACAGACAUGGACCUCUAAGGUGGAGCAGACCCAGCUGGCCUCCUGGUCCUGCACAAUGCCUUGGCUGUGAGAUAACUCGAUGCUUCUCCUUGGUGGAUCCCUGCACUCUGAUAAACUCAUCAUGUGGCCUUAUUGGAUACACUUUUAACUUGAGCUCCUUAUUGCUUUCUUUAAAAAAAAAACCAACAGACUCGGAACAUACCCUCCAAAAAAAAAAAGAAGCCAAAUACAGGUGUGUUUUUAAACUA